AUGAGUAUGCGCAAGAGCUCAAAAAAGUUGUCGGCAGCCUCCGGCUCCAUGGCCGGCGGCUCCUCGGAUGAUCUCUCUCUCAUCGGUGCCGGUAACUUUUACGAUGUCAACGGCUACAAGCCCGUUCUCAAGCGCAUCAACCUGGGUCCAAAGCGCGGCGAAGAGUUUGUUAAAAUGCUUCACGAACGCGCGAGCAUUGAGAAAGAGUACAGCAAAAAGCUCCAGGCCUUUGCCGACCGCUGGGAUGAGCGCGUCAACCAAAAGACCUAUGAAAAGUACACGCUCAGGGAUGCCUACAUGGCCAUCCUCGAUGAGACGCGUGCCAUUGCCGAUAUCCACACCAGUCUGAAGGAGGCGCUGUGUGAUCCUUUCAAAGAAAAAUUUGAGACUUUCCGCAAGGAACAUUACCCCAAAAGCAUCCUCCACUACAAGCCUUGGAAGCGCGCCCACUCUGCUUUUGAGAAGGGACAGGCUUCAUGGGCUUCCAUCAAGGGCAAGAUUGACAAGCACCGUGCCAACAUUGACAAGCAAGAUCAGUUGAUUGCCCAGCUGCAAGAGCAGCGCGCGAGCAUGGGCGCCACUGAGAAGCUCGAGUCGCAACUGAACAAAGCCGAGGCAUCCAAAAAGAAAUCCCUGGCUAAAAUGCGCCAACGCAUCCAGGACAUGCGCAACGGUCUUACCACUUCAUAUCGACGAGCGAUGGAGGUGGAGUUUAAUCGUUGCCAGGAAGAAGAAGGCCAACGCAUUCAAUUUUUCAAGGAGAUGAUGCUUGAAUACCACGCCAAAUCGGAUAUCAUGGCCCGUCUUCAAUCUUCACAUGCCGCUCUUCUGGAAGUUAUCAACAUUAUCAACGUCCCCGCUGAUCUUGCCAACUUCUCCAAAGAUUUUGGCGUCGACAUGCCCAUGCUUAUUCCCGAUGAUAACGGCCACUGGGUCUUGGAAGGCACCAAUGACGUGUAUACCGCACCCGCCGCAACAACCGUACCCGUAUCCCGUCAACCCACCCAAGUCUCCAUGCCCACAGGAGGUAGCCGCGUUUCAAUCCAGGUGGAUGAGGAGCCUGCCCCGCCACCACCCGCACCACCCGCACCAGCACCAACUGCGGGUGCUGUGGCUCCUCCACCAGCCCCUAUGCCACCGCCUGCUCCGGCCACGGAGCAGCCACCACCGCAAUAUCAAGAACAUCACUCAGAUGCCAGUCCCACGGAACCAAGUCAACUCUCUGCAGGCUCCCGCGUUACCGCCCUCUACGAUUAUGCUGCCAAUAGCCCUGAUGAGCUGAGUUUUGAGUAUGACGAUGAGCUAGAACUUCUCGAGCAACCCAACGAUAUUGAUGCGGGCUGGUUGAAGGGCAAGCUGAUUAGCACCGGCGAAGUGGGCAUCUUUCCUGGUAUGUCGCCUACGCCCAAUGUGCACCUUGGCACCGUUCAAAGGAGAUUCGCAUUCAUGAAAUUGUGUCUAUUUGCCAGCCAACUACGUGGAAAAAAGUGUUCUCUAAGUGACAAGACUGGCGUCACCAACAGGGACGUGCGUUUGAUGUUUCCUAUCGAGUAUUUCUCAGGCGCGCGUGACGAUGCAUAA